AUGGAAGAAUCCAUUUGGAAGUACCAAAUCAUAGAGCUGGAAAUGAAGCUGAGCAUUCUUUAUAAGAAACAGGGCCGUGCAACUCAGUUCUCCAAUAAGGCUGCUCGAGACGAAUGGCUUCGAAAGGAGAUUGAAGAUCUCGAGCGUAUUCUAGACUCAAAUAUGGUUCAAGAGCAAAAAUUUGAGGAUGAGAUUCUUCGCCUCAAUACUGAUUUGACAGAGCUUGAUGUACACAUCAAGAAACAUGAAGUUGGAAUUGGUGAUCUAAAAGCUCACAUUUCCAAGUCACAUGAACAAUUCAAUUUUAAAAAGAGGGAGAGAGAUGAAGAACAUAGAAAAAGGACACAUAUGUUUACACAGGGAAAGUGGGGAGAAGAAAGUCACCUAUCUUCUGAGAUUGAGAAGUUGAAAACCGAAGUUGAAAGGGCAGAAAAAAACCUUAAAAAUGCAACUCCAGGGUAUUUAAGGCGAGGGCUAAGCUCUAUUCCAAGGAUUUGCAUAGAGUAUGAGAUCAAUGGAGUUUUUGGUCCACUUUUUAAGUUGGUUGAUUGCGAGGAAAAGUAUUUCAAUGCAGUUGAAGUCACUGCUGGAAACAGCCUAUUUCAAGUGGUAGUUGAGAAUGACGAUAUUUCAACCGAGAUUAUUAGACACCUGACUUCUCUAAAAUGUGGACGCUUGACCUUCAUACCUCUGAACCGGGCAAAGGUGCCGAAUCAUGUAAUCUAUCCUCAAAAUUCUGGUGCAACACCAUUGAUGAAAUGUUUAAAGUUUGACUCCAAAUUUGCAUCAGCAUUUGGUCAGGUUUUUGGUACAACAGUAUUAUGUGAUGAUCUGAAUGUGGCAACAAGAGUUGCUAAGAGUAAUGGCUUAUUAGAUUGCAUAACUUUGGAAGGUGAUUUGGUGAGUGGAAAAGGUGUCAUGACCGGUGGGUAUUAUGACAAAAGUCAGUCGAAGUUGAGAUGCAAUAAUAUCAUAGUAAAAAAUCAAAACACUAUAAAUACAAAAGAGAAGGUAUUGGAGGAUGUUAAAAGGCAGCCCCAAGUGAUAGAUCAGAAUAUCACACAGCUUGUUACUGAGCUGCAGAGGCUUGAAGCAGACUGGACUCACCGUAAUUCACAGGUGGAGAAACUGAAGCAAGAAAUAGCUAAUGCGAAUAAGCGGAAACAGGAUAUACAUAAAGCCCUUGAAAAUAAGGAGAAAUCACUAGGUGAUAUUAAAACACAAGUUGAUCAGCUAAGAUCUAGCGUGGCCAUGAAGAAAGCUGAAAUGGGUAAGGAACUUGUGGAUCACGUAACCCCAGAAGAAAGGGAGCAAUUGUCACGAUUAAACCCCAAAAUUAAGGAUCUUCAGGUAAAACUUAUUGCAUACAAGACGGAUCGCAUUGAGAGGGAGACAAGAAAAGCAGAGUUGGAGGCUAAUUUGGCUACCAACUUAAAGAGGAGAAAAAAUGAGUUACAAGCUACUAUAGCUUCCAUGGAGGAUGAUACGUUGCUUAGUUUAGCUGGCUUAAAAACACAAGAACUCAAUGAUGCAACUUUGUUAGUUGACGAGGCCACAAACGAGCUCGAAAGUCUCUGUCACAGCAUUUCUGAGAAGAGAAUGCAAGUCAAGAAAGUCAAAGAUAAGAAAGCAAAGUUAAAGACAUUGGAAGAUGACCAUGAGGGGAAACGACAAGAUAAAGCAAAAAUUUUGGAGGAACUAUUCAUUCAACGCAACACACUCCUUGCUAAGCAAGAAGAGUACACGAAGAAAAUUAGGCAAUCAGGCCCAUUGUCACUUGAAGCUUUUGACACGUAUAAAAGAAAAAACAUCAAGGAGUUGCAGAAGAUGCUACACCGGUGCAGUGAAGAGCUGCAACAAUUCAGCCAUGUAAACAAGAAAGCGCUUGAUCAGUAUGUAAAUUUCACGGAACAACGAGAAGAACUUAAGGAGAAGCAAGCAGAGCUUGAUGCAGGGGAUGAGAAAAUCAAAGAACUGAUAUCAGUUCUUGAUCAGCGGAAAGACGAAUCUAUAGAACGUACUUUCAAAGGUGUUGCACUUGAAUUCAGGAAAGUAUUCUCUGAGCUUGUGCCAGGUGGAAUUGGUGACCUUGUCACCAUCCCCAAGAAUAAGGACCGUGAUCAUGAUGAUGAAGAUGAAAUUUAUGGAUGUCGUGAAGCUGAUACAGAAGGAAAAGAUGAGAAAUAUAUUGGUGUAAAAAUGAAGGUGUCGUUUAAUGGUCAAGGGGAGACACAAUCAAUGAAACAAUUGUCAGGAGGCCAAAAGACCGUUGUUGCAAUUGCUUUAAUCUUUGCGAUCCAGCGAUGCGAUCCUGCACCAUUCUAUCUAUUUGAUGAGAUCGAUGCAGCACUUGAUCCUCAGUAUCGAACAUCUAUCAGCAACAGGAUUCAUGGUUUAGCUGAAAGCACACAAUUCAUUACAACAACUUUUCGUCCGGAGCUUGUGAAAGUUGCGGAUAAGAUAUAUGGAGUAUUUUAUAACAACAGUGUGAGUAGUGUGAAUGUUAUUUCAAAAGAUCAGGCGUUGGAUUUCGUCGAGAAAGAUCAGGCGAUGCUAAAUUUAUGA